UAUAUCUGUCAGUGUCACCAAAAUAGAAAAUAGAAUCGUAGAAGGUUCGGAGAGAACUGCUUUUUUCUAAAGAUUUUCCUCGAAUUUGAGUUUCAUAAAUUUAUAUUCUAAUUAAAUAUGUUUGCUAAAACCAUAUCUAAUGUUCUCAUCAGAAAUACAUCUCUUGCUAAAAAUGCACAACCUGUGCGUAAUUUUUCUGUAACAUCGGUAAAUGGCGAUAUUGUAAAAAUUCAAAGUACCGACGAUUUUAAAGAAAAAGUUCUAGACAGCAAAGUACCAGUGGUUGUAGAUUUCUUUGCUACAUGGUGCAAUCCAUGCAAGAUGCUGACCCCUCGCCUAGAGUCUAUUAUUUCUGAGAGCAAAGGAAAGGUUGUUUUAGCUAAAGUUGACAUUGAUGAGCAAACAGACUUGGCCCUAGAUUAUGAAGUGAGUUCUGUCCCUGUGCUAGUUGCCAUUAAAAAUGGAAAAGUGCUGCAUCGUCUAGUGGGCCUUCAAGACACUGACAAACUCCGCAAGUGGAUUGAACAGUUCUCUACAGAGGAAUCCAAGGAAGAAUUGAAGGCAUAAAAACUCAAAAUUAUCAUUACAAUUAAAUUAUUUCUGGAUGUUACCAACUAUGUAGUUACACAAAAUUGAAAUAAAACUGUUGUACUUAUUGCAAA